AUGGCAGGCCACGGAUACACAAAGCACGACCCCGCCAUCGAGCGAUGGAACAGCAUGCGCGAAAAUGCGUACAAGCAUUUCCGCUUCACUCCUCGGACUACUUGGCAAUCCGUAUGCGGACUUUUACUGGUUCCUGGUGCUGUGCUGUACCUUGCCGCUCACGAGGAUUGCAAGUGGAGUUGGAUGGGGAAACUGAAGAACGAGUCAUUGGCACGCGUUCAGCCCAGCAGAUAA